UGUUGGCAAUUCACUCAGUUAUGUUGUGUAUAUUAGAACCCGAAAAUGUGCUUUUCGGACGACACAUUGCCAGAUGGCUUCCGUGUGAGAAAAGGCGACACGGUGGCUUAUCAAUCGUACGCAAUGGGAAGAAUGAAAUUCAUAUGGGGAGACAAUGCAGAGGAAUUUAAACCCGAACGAUGGCUCGAUUUUAACGGUUGCUUCCAUCACGAGUGUCCCUUCAAAUUUACCGCUUUCCAGGCCGGGCCGAGGAUUUGUUUGGGGAAGGAAUUUGCUUAUCGGCAGAUGAAGAUAUUAUCAGCUGUUUUGAUGAGAUUUUUCGUGUUCCGAUUAAGUGACGAGAGUAAGAAAGUGAAGUAUAGGACUAUGAUUAAUCUUCAUAUCGACGGGGGACUUCGAGUUCGUGCGUUCGAUAGAAUAGUUCACGAGUGAACUUUCCGGAUACGAAAAAUUGCGUUUUAUGCACAAAUUUAUGUAUAAUGUAUGUAUGUAAAUGUUUUUGUUCUACUAAUAAUGUGAUUCUGUU